AUGGAUACAAGACAAGUGAUUGGCACUUCUGCAGGGCCUGUGUCCCUAUCCGCAUCGUUUAAUAAGGGAAACAGCUGCUUUGCUGUGGGCCUUGAUUCCGGUUUCUGCAUAUUUAACUCAAACCCGUGUGAGCUUAAGGUAUCUAGAGAUUUUAAUGCUGGCAUUGGGGUUGUCGAGAUGCUCGGCGAAUCCAACUAUGUAGCUCUAGUUGGUGGUGGCCAACGGCCCAGAUUCCCUCAAAAUAAGGUAAUUAUCUGGGACGAUGCAAAGCAAAUGGUCGCCACGAGCCUCGAGUUCAGUACCUCUGUCCUGCGGGUUCGACUGAACAAAUCUCGUAUUGUUGUGGCACUUCAAAAUAGUGUCCAUCUUUAUGCAUUUUCCGUGAAGCCGCAGAAAAUCUCUCAGUUCGAAACUGUUGACAAUCCCUUAGGCUUGUUGUGCCUAGGACCUCGACAUCUGGCAUUUCCUGGCAGGUCACCCGGCCAAGUUCAAUUGGUAGAACCGGGAACUGGAGGUGUUAGUAUAAUUCCAGCACACAGCUCGCCUCUGCGAGCUUUAACGCUUAGCUCUGACGGAGCUUUACUGGCGACUGCAAGUGAAGCGGGAACGCUUAUACGAGUAUUUGUCACCAGCAACUGCGCUAAAAUAGCAGAGCUACGAAGGGGAGUGGAUCACGCGGACAUAUAUUCAAUUGGAAUUUCGCCGUCUAACACAUUACUCGCCGCUACCUCGGAUAAAUCAACCUUGCAUAUUUUUGAUCUACCACACGCCCGUAACAGCUCAAAUAGCCAGGCGGCCCCUGCUGCUGGCGAAGAUGGCAUGUACCAGAAAUGGGGGUUUCUAGGAAAAAUACCGCUUCUCCCAAGAUUUCUCUCCGAUGUAUACUCAAUCGCCAGUGCCCCGUUUGAAACCGGGGAUGAGACCGGCCCGGGGGCCGUAUACGUUCCGCAACUCGGCUCUUCGCUCGGACGGCCGCCCAAAGGGAUUAUUGGGUGGAUAAGUGACUCGACUCUCCUUGUGAUAGGAGCUGGGAAAGAUGGGCGGUGGGAAAGAUUCGUGAUCCAAGAGGACGAAUACAGUCGUGGGAGUAGGCGGUCCUGCUCCAGAGCUGGGUGGAAGCGAUAUCUAGGAAGCUAA